AUGGAUCGCUACGAUGCUGCCCGGCGAAGGCAGGUUCGUCCUGGCAGAUCAACAUUAGGAUACUGGAUACCCCUGGUCGUAACGGUGACGAUUGCCACGGCUGGCUUAGCCGCCUGGAUCUGGAGUGAACGCCAGCAAGACGACGAUGCCGAUAAUGCUCGACAUGACGACGACAAACACGACCACCCCUUGGACUAUCCUGAAGAGUUGACCGAAGAUCAAUACGAUACUCCUGAACCCCGCGACCAAGGCUUCUUGGCUCGAGUGACUGGCCGCACUCCUUCACCACAGCAAUUGUUCGACAAUGCUGGCCAACGUAUCCGUUCUGCUGUGGGACUAUCAGACCAAAGCUCUGGACGAGGACAAGAAGAAACAGGAGAACCUGCCUUUUCCGACAACGAACAUUGGAAUGAGGAAGCUGAGAGCAAGCGCACACAACGACCUGCUUCUCAAUCUACUACAAACAAGUCGAGAAGAUCAGUAGUCAUCGUGCUCAACGCAGAUGACAGGGAGCAUGAAGAAGAAAGUUCUGCCUAUAUCACUGAACACGCUUCCAUCCUCUCGCACCUUCCGGAAGACAUUAACCCAGCCACCACAAGUUUGUUCAUCCUCAUCUAUGCUCCCAACCAAACUUCCCUCCCGGAUCUUCCCACUCCAGCUUCCGUCUCAACCACUCUUUCAUCCUCAUAUGCAUCUGUGUCGUACCCCGGCUCAUCUUCAUCCUCUCCAUCCUCAAAAUCACUAUUUGAUGCUCUCUGGCAAAAGUCAUUGUCUCUGGUAGACAAGCCAUCACAAGUUUUGCCAUUCUCGACACCCACAGGUUACAUACAUAUCCUGCGACACCUAUCCCCUUCUCUAGUCUAUCUCACCGAUAUCCCCACUCUAUCAGGCCACAACGGAGAACACGUCCAACAACUCAAAGGCUGGGUAGGCCAAACAAUCCUCGUAGUAGGCGACGACGGCGCCGGCGGUCUCCUCGACACCGAAACAGAAACCGAAGACGAAGACUCACGUAGAGGCAAAGCCAAAGAAGCAACAAGUUCCAAAUGGUGGGAAACCUCGAAUCUCGUGGGUCUGGGAAAAGAUGUAGAAGUUGUAGAUAUCAGCCGCAUGGGCGAAGAUUGGUGGAGAAGAGUUGCAAACUCGAAUUAA